CUGUUAAUAAAUUGAACUCACAAGGUCGUGUUGAACAAAGAAUGCUUGGGAAGUACCAUGUUAUAAUUCAUAGAUUAAAAAAAAAAAAAGAAAAAAAAAAGCCCACACGCCAUGGAAGAUGCUCUGUUCUACACAUUUCUUUCCCUUAUCAUCUUUCUCAUUGCUUUCUUCAUCCUCCAAUAUAGGUCACUUUACAAAAACCUCCCACCUGGACCAAUUUCUCUUCCAAUUAUAGGUCAUCUCCAUCUCUUAAAACCCCCAGUCCACCGAACUUUCCACCGUCUCUCCCAAAACUACGGCCCAAUUUUCACUCUCUGGUUCGGAUCUCGCCGCGUCGUUGUGGUAUCGUCUCCUUCGGCCGUCGAAGAAUGCUUCACCAAAAACGACAUCGUUCUCGCCAACCGACCUCGGUUGCUCAUGGGAAAGCACGUGAGCUACAACUACACAACUGUUGUAGUGUCUCCGUACGGUGAUCACUGGCGCAACCUCCGCCGUAUUGGUUCUUUGGAGAUCUUCUCGUCGACCCGGCUCAACAUGUUCUUGGGCAUCCGAAAGGACGAGAUCAUGAGCUUGUUGUGCAAGCUUUCGCGAAAUUCACUCCGAGAUUUCGCCAAGGUGGAAAUGAAAUCUUUGCUAACGGACCUGACCUUCAACAUCAUAAUGAGAAUGGUAGCGGGGAAGCGGUACUAUGGGGACGAUGUCACUGAUAAGGAAGAAGCACAGAAUUUCAGGGAGGUAAUAGAGGAGGUAUUUGCGAGUGGUGGGGCGACAAAUCCAGGAGAUUUCUUACCUAUUUUCAAAUGGAUCGGAAUUAAUGGUUAUGAAAGGAAGAUUGAAAAGCUUGCUAAAAGGACAGAUCGUUUACUACAAGGUCUAAUUGAGGAGCAUCGGAGAAACGAAGGAAGUAGAAACACCAUCAUUGAUCAUCUGCUCUCUUUGCAACAAUCACAACCUGAAUACUACACCGACCAAAUUAUCAAAGGAUUUGUACUGAUAAUGCUACUGGCUGGUACGGACACAUCGGCAGUGACAUUAGAAUGGGCAAUGUCCAAUCUGCUUAACCAUCCCCAUAUCUUAGAAAAGGCUAGAGCCGAAUUGGAUGCUCAAAUUGGGCAACAGAAAUUGGUGGACGAAUCAGAUCUUUCAAAACUACCUUAUCUCCAAAACAUUAUCUCCGAGACUCUUCGAUUGUAUCCAGCAGCUCCAUUGCUGGUGCCUCAUUGCUCAUCCCAACACUGUACAAUUGGGGGAUACGACAUCCCGCGUGACACUAUCUUACUAGUCAAUGCAUGGGCCAUACAUAGAGACCCUGAGCUCUGGGAUAAUCCAGAAAGUUUCAAGCCCGAAAGGUUCGAGAAGGGUGAUGUUGAGGUCUACAAGCUCAUGCCAUUUGGAAUUGGAAGGAGGGCAUGCCCUGGAAUGGGCCUAGCCCAACGUGUAGUGGGCUUGACUUUGGCGUCGUUGAUUCAGUGCUUUGAAUGGGAAAGGGUCAGCGAAAAACAAGUUGACAUGACUGAAAGUAAGGGGCUCACCAUGCCGAAAGCUCUGCCAUUGGAGGCCAUGUGUAAAGCACGUGAGAUCAUGGACAAUAUUUUCUCACAUUCAUCUAUCAAAUUUUAGAUACACGUUAAAGGAUUUGAUUAGCUUGGUUAGAGGAUAUAUAAGAUAGUUUAGUAUUGAUCAAUUAAUAAUUUUAUAUUAAUAUUCUCUUUUUUUAUCUAAAAAUUUGUAAUGUAUUUGAGCAACUUGUUUGGGUCAA